AGAAGCAAAAGGGAUCUGCAGUCUUGGACGUUGUUGGCCUUAUGGUUAAAUCCAACCUUCAGACGAUAUUAAAUAGCCACUGUUUUGUCAGAGAAAAAGAGAAAACCACAUCCACAAUGCCAGUUAACGAACUGCCCGGUAAUAACCCCGAGAGUGAAAGUCAGAGGCGGUGUUCCCGCUGUUGCAGUAACCCCUGUCCGGGGCCUCUGUGGUGUUCCUGAUGCCCCUCGCCCACCCCUGAAGAUCCCAGGUGGGCGAGGAAAUGACCAGCGGGAUCGCAGUCUUUCAGCUAAGCUAUUCUACUCUGAUGCUCGGUUACUGGUUCUUGAGGAGCCUCCACCCAUCAACGGCAGAGUGCGUUUCCUGCUCUUUGAGCCCCGUCGCUCAGUGGGCAAGCACUGUGUCUGGAGGGGGGCGCUGAAAGGGAGGAACAUCUACAUCGAGAUCCCCCCUGGAGCUCUGCCUGAGGGCAGCAAAGACAGUUUCGCUCUCCUGCUGGAGUUUGCGGAAGAGAAGCUGCAAGUUGACCAUGUCUUCAUCUGCUUCCAUAAGAACCGAGACGACAGAGCAUCUCUGCUGCGUACCUUCAGCUUCCUGGGCUUUGAGAUUGUGAGACCAGGUCAUCCCCUCGUCCCUACCCGUCCCGACGCUUUCUUCAUGGCUUACAGCAUCGAACGAGACUCCUCUGACGACGAAUAACUGAU